AUGGCCUACCUCCUUUUAUAUGUGGAUGAUAUUGUUCUCACCGCAUCUAAUGAUCGUCUCUUACAUCAUUUUAUCACAGCUAUGUCUCGGGAAUUCUCUAUGACUGAUCUUGGCAGGUUACAUCAUUUCUUGGGCAUUGAGGUCACUCAUAAUUCUGGCAGCCUUUUUCUCUCACAGCGUGCCUACAUUCAGGAUAUUCUAAGUAGAGCGAAAAUGGACAAUUGCAAACCUUGCUAUACGCCUGCUGAUACCCAUUCAAAACUCAGUGCUUCGGAUGGUGCACCUCUUGCAGACGGGACUUUAUAUCGCAGUCUUGCGGGCGCUUUGCAAUACCUUACUUUUACUCGCCCGGACAUCUCCUAUGGGGUACAACAAGUAUGCCUCUUUAUGCAUGCCCCACGGGAGGCUUAUUUUGCUUAUCUCAAACGCAUACUACGCUACCUCAAGGGAACUGCUGAUCAUGGUUUGGACUUAACCCCCUCCAAGUCGACGAAUCUCACAGCUUAUUCAGAUGCUGAUUGGGGGGGUUGCCCUGACACACGAUGUUCGACGUCCGGCUACUGUGUUUUUCUCUGGGACAAUUUGGUAUCUUGGUCCUCCAAACGUCAGCCCACCAUCUCGCGCUCCAGUGCUGAAACAGAAUACAGAGGGGUCGCGAGCACUACUGCUGAGUUAUCUUGGAUUCGCAACCUUCUUCUUGAGCUCCAUCUUCCGGUUACACAAGCAUCAAUUAUUUACUGUGAUAAUAUUUCUGCCAUGUACUUGUCACAAAAUCCGGUUCAGCAUCAACGUACCAAGCACGUUGAAAUUGAUAUCCAUUUUGUCAGAGAGAAAGUUCGUCUUGGAGCUGUACGAGUUCAGCAUGUUCCUACAGAAUAUCAAUACGCUGACAUCUUCACGAAAGGUCUCCCACGUCUUCUGUUUGAACGUUUCAAGUCCACUCUUUGCAUCCGGCCGGCUAUUGCUUCGACUGCGGGGGGCUAUUAG